AUUCGGAGUAGUAAAUAGGACACGACGAAUCUCGCAACAAGCGUCUUGCCUUCCGAACGUUUCUUUUGGACCCUUGAUCUUAUACGGGACCAUUGCGCUACUUGGAAAUACAGUCUAUUGACAAAUACUUGAUCAUAAUGUCGGAAUCCCCUCCCCCACCGCCGCAAUGGAACGUUGCGACCAUGGCUGGCAAUGCCAUGCAGUUCCUGCGACUCCCAAUGCUGGCUUCAUCGGGACUAGCAGUAAUUGCGAGUAGUUUAUUAUACUUCAAACAAAAUGAAAUAAUAUAUCCGCGAACCGUACCAGUGGAUGCUCGUACAAACGUUCCAAAGGCAUCUUCCUUUGGCAUAUCCGAUUAUGAGGACCUUCACAUCCCGACUCCUGACGGCGAAUCGUUAAAUGCUUUAUUCAUUCGGCCGUCGAACAAGAACGCUGCUCGCGACGUCACGAUCUUGAUGUUCCACGGCAACGCCGGCAAUAUUGGCCAUCGAAUACCAAUCGCAAAAGUGUUGACGAAGGCGUUAAAUUGCAAUGUGUUCAUGCUUGAGUACCGCGGAUACGGGCUGUCCACGGGGACCCCAGAUGAAAGAGGCCUGAAUAUUGACUCACAAACCGCCCUGGAUUACCUACGAAACCGAGCAGAGACAAGAAAUACAAAGAUUGUAGUGUACGGUCAGAGUUUGGGCGGUGCGGUCGCUAUCAACCUUGUGGCCAGAAACCUGGAAAAGGGAGUUAUCGCAGGUCUCAUCCUGGAGAAUACGUUUCUGUGUAUUCGUAAACUCAUCCCAUCGGUUUUUCCUCCUGCUCGCUACCUUGCCCGUCUAUGUCAUCAAUAUUGGAGCAGCGAAGAUGUGCUCCCAAAAAUAGAGAAGAUCCCCAUUCUUUUCUUGAGCGGGCUGAAAGAUGAAAUGAUCCCUCCCUCGCAUAUGUUGCGACUGUAUGAAUUAUGUAAAGCCGAAACCAAACUCUGGCGUGAACUACCCAAUGGUGGCCACAACGACAGUGUCGCAGAGCCCAACUACUUUGACUAUAUCCGGGAAUUUAUUGUGGAUUAUGCCAUUGACUGAAUCAGUAGGAAGCAUUGUGUUUGCAUCGGAAAUGCCACACGCAUCCUUUGGUAGCACCUGUUCGGUGUUUUAUACCUUUUACAUUUACUAAAGAUACCCUAACUCAACAUAUUCAUAUUCAUUCCGUUAAGGCUCCAGACUUUUGGCUGUUUUGACGGAUGUCUUACUGUUUUUCCUUUCGUGGUCGGGUUUGUUCCCUUCAGUGUAUAUAUUUGUAUUCGGUAUCUACCUCUAUUGAUUUAUCUGGUAGAUCUUUGGAAUAUUAUUAUAUUGCUUCUGACAUAAC